GCCAGCAAGGCUGCACCAAAAAGGGCGGAUGGCAGCGCGACAUAGGCCAAAGUGCCUCAUGUCGGAGGAGGAAUGGGAGCUGUCUCGCUGGUGGCGAGAAGGCCCGGGGUGUUUCGAGGACUCCGACGAGCCGGACGAGUUCGCCUUAACCCCGCGCCGCCACCAGCCGGACAUGUUCGCCAUCGAGGCGGAGUUCGCAGACUGGCAGCCCUCCAAAGGUGCCUACGACCUCUCCCCUCGCAAUAGCCCUCAGAAAGAGCUCUACCAGCUGGAGGAGGAGGAGAACGCCUACAUUUCCGCGGUGCAGUUACUGAAGGAGAUGGGGCCUGGACGAGCGGAGGCGGAAGCCGUGUGGAAGACCUGUGUCCUGCGUGAGAAGCUGCGCCUGGUGCGGUCCAUGGCAGGCGAGCGCAGGCCGCCUUCCCGCGAGGUGUCCGUUGAGACCGCAGACGAAGUAGAGGACAUGGAGCUGUGCCCGGAGAAUUGGCCCGAAGACCACUUCCGGCCCCAGGCCUCCGACUUUGCCUUCAACUUUGCGGAGCUGGACGUCUCGGAGCAACAGUGCAAGGCUGAGACGAAAGAAGUGCUUGCGAGCAUCUUGAGAAGCUGGUACAACCUUGCCAGCACGCACGGCUCCAGUGAAUGUGCGAGGGGCGGCCACAUCGCCUCCUGACCAUAAGCCUCGCCUCCGCCACUGCCGUUCAACCUUUCGGCUGGCACUUCAAGGGACAGCGGGGGAAUGGACAGCUUCGAACUAUUUUCGAACUGCUGAAAUUGAGUGCAUGCUAGCUUCUGUGUUGGCCUGCGAUUGACUGCAGCUGUGCACAUCUCUUCUUGGAUGCUGAGUGAGUGGAUGUUUGGAG